GUCUGCCCAUCCGCUGGAAUGCCGGGCCGGGCCGUUUGAUUGGCUGAGCAGCGCCGGAGUCAGCUUUCACUGGAGCCGAUCAAAACUUUCCCCCGCUCGCUGCAGCAGAGCCUUUGGGGAAGGGGCUGGCCGCUGCCCGGCCGGGCUCCUCCGAAAAUGCCGCCUCCCUGACCAUGCCAGGCCAGGCGCUCGCGGGGACCGCCGAGGGAAAGCCAGAAGUUCCCGCGCCUCCUCCUGGGGGCGCCCCCUUCUCCCCUUCUCCUCUAAGCCCCCCCGGGGGGUUCAGCGGGUCUCUUCCUCUGGCACGCGCGGCUGGCCUCGGAUUACUAUGUCCCAGUAUUCCACGAAUUUCCUCUUGGUUCCCAUCCCGGAAUAUCCCCUGCUGGAGUGUGCGCCCAACAAAAUAAUCAAGCUCGUGGUCCUGGGGGGCAGCGGCGUGGGGAAGACCGCUCUCAUUGUGCGCUUUCUCACCAAGAGAUUUAUUGGGGACUACGAGGCCAAUACUGGUGCCUUAUACUCCAGAAAAUUCACCAUUGAUGGAGAACAGAUUUCCUUACAAGUCCAGGAUACCCCAUUUGUUUCUCUGGAGGACGAGAAUGACACCAUCUGUUGCCAGGAGCAGAUAAACCGGUCUAUUUAUUGGGCAGACGGCUUCGUGUUUGUCUACUCCAUCACGGACUAUGACAGCUACCGGGUCAUCCGCCCGUUGCACCAGCACAUCCGGAAGAUUCACCCCAAUGCCAACAUCCCGUUGCUGCUGAUGGCCAACAAGGGGGACCUGCUGCGAGCCAGGCAGGUGUCCACGAAGGAAGGCCACCAGCUAGCCAACGAGCUGAACUGCCCUUACUCGGAGGUCUCUGCCCGAGAGAACUGUGAAGGGGUUCACGAGGCCUUUAAACAGCUGUGCCAGGAGCUGAGUAGGAUCAUUGGGAAUUGCAACGGGGAGAAACGAAGAGGCCUCCACCUUGUCCGGCCCAAAUCACCCAACAUGCAAGAACUGAAAAGGAGGCUCAAACAAGCCUUGUCUUCAAAAGGCAAAGCCACCACCAUGCUCUGAUGAGUACCAGAGCAACCGUUUUGGCUGGCCUGUGGCAGGCAAAGAAUCGAUAGGUAUGCCUAUUUAUGGUGGGCUUGCCAACUGUCUUUGGGGUGAAAGAAUCCCUUUCCAGAAAUGAGACCACAAGGGCUAGUGAAUGUUGGAAGUUCAGCCCUUUCAUUAGACCAUCACCAAGAAAAGUCUUAGGAGUGUCUUUAUUCUCAGUAUUAAUUUCAGCUUCUUCACUUCCAGGAGACAGACAGGUUGAUAUCUGCACCUAUUCAAUCAAUCUUUGCUUCAGUCAUAAUCUUGGUUCUCCCCCAUAUUUCAGGCAAGCCGCCUGCUUUCUUCCCUAAUGUUUAGGUGCCAAAUGUAUGCUUAUCCAUUUGUGUGGUUGCCCUUGGCCUUUAAAGAAAAAAUAAACGCACAUAUAAAUGUCUUAAACACUGUUACAAAACUGGCAGGACAAGAGGAGAACAUCUUGUUGAUCUCUCCAUUGACAACCAGUUCCUGUUACAGGUGGGCCUUCUCCCUUCCAGUUCUACCAUACCAACAACCAGCACAAUUUUUUAAGAGUAGAAGAGAAAAAUCCCUUAUUUCACAACGGAUUAUUUCAAAGGAAUAAUCCAUAGUUUAUCUGUGGCCAUCCAAAUGCUUGAAAUGAAUGAUUUCUUUAUCAUUGCAAUUGACCUCAUAAAUGUUAUAAAUGAUCUGGAACUUUGUAAUUCAUACCUGGAAUGGGUGAAAUCCAAUGCGGAGUUAAUCUGGUAUGAGCCCAUUGAAACUGUUGGAACUAAUGUAUGCUUUUCUGUACUGGAUUGUGGGCAUGAAGGGUGCCCUUAGUCCUAAUUUCAGGAUCACUUGCCAAUAACCACUGCUGUGUGGUAGCUUGGAUAUCUGAGAUAGCUACAAUUGAGCCAUUAUUGUAAGCAGGUUUCCCCAACCUGGUAUCCUUGGACUGAAGCAAUAUAUUCUUUAUGUAAGAAUAAUUAAAUAAGAUAAUUUGUCUGAAACAGUGAAUGAACCAAGAGCGAUGGGAAAUGGAUUCAUGUUACCAGGGGACUAACUGGCUUGUUUUAAAAAGGAGACUGGGAAACUGAGGCAGAGUAAGUUCAUCAGGAGCAGUGAUGGAGUCCUGUAGAAGCAGGAGGAACAAAGUGGCGUGGCUCAAGAGAGCUUAACAGAGACCCAGCCAUCCAUGCUGAACUUCAGUUAUUGGAGACUGAAUAGCAGGAGACGUCAUUUGGAAGGGUGCCUGGUUUGUCAACUUCAGAGCGAUAACUGCUGCUGCCACUGCUGGAGACAGAACUGAACCAGACCAACUGCCAGACCGAGCCAGUCAAGCAACAGAUCUGUUCUUAUUCUGAAUCAGCAUGGUUACAAAACCAACAGGAUUAGAAGUGUCAACAGAUCUGAGGUGGUAUUUCCAUGGGUGGAGUCGUUCCUACAAUCACGCAGAAGCAGGCUGUCCCCGCUUUCUUUCCAGUUGUACAAAUAGGGCCCUAUAAUUCAGAAAUGCCAAAGUAGCAGGAGCAGAGACGUGGGACCAUAAAAUAUCUAGACCUGCAGUGCAGAGUCUGUUUUCCUGGAAAUAAGUAUGGCGUCGAGGUUAUCAGUGUUUUGCCUAAUCCAGCUUUCUUGUUUCACAUGACAUUCUAAUCAUAAACCCGUUGCUUAGACAAUGCAGGACUUUAAAAAGGGGUUGGUUGGUUCAGUGUUCUGCGCAAAUAGAGACAUGGAACCAGACUCUCACGUGCAGUUGUCAAAUCCGACUGUCAGAGCAACCCUAUGCACACUUACGUUAUCCACAUUUUUGUACCGUAGAGUAACCAACUGCCAAGCCCAGCCCAGAGCUAUAGGAAAAUGCUUACAAAGCUGGAACCAGUUCCUGACAUAUUGCAUGUAUGUGAUUGGAGAUGCCAGUCAAGUCCUGAAAGUCACGCAAGAAGUCUUGGUUAACCAAACGAAAUUUCACAUUGCUGAGUAGACGACACUUGGCUAUCUGGUCUCUAACGGGACAGAGUUAGUAAUGAUCAUCUUCAUCAGCUCAAGCAUCGGAUGGGUGGCGUAGUUCUGGACAAUCGCUCUUUUGUGCCCUUCUCAGAGUGUAGACCCUGAGAAGGUGAAGUCUGAGAAUGUCAAUUAUCCGGAAGUGCAGAAUAUGAAUUUCUCUCUUGACCAUGCCAAAACAGAAGGCCUUGUUUCUGUUAUAUUAACUUUUCCAACCUGGUGUCCUCCAGAUCUAUUAGGACUUCAAGUUACAGAACUCUCAGCUGCUGUUGCUGGGAAUUGUCCUAAAUUCUAUAAAGAUGUCCCAGCCCAUCUGCGGUCCACCAGCUUGAAGAUGUAGGUGUAUGUGGCAAAGCAGGUGUCUGUGGAUACUUUGGUGUGCAAAAUCCACACCAAAGUAUCUACAGAUACUUCCUUUGCCACCUACAUACCAGGCCCCCCAGCUUUCUUGACUGUUCUUUUUUUCAUAUUCUUUUAAUUAAAAAAUAUCAACAGAGGAAACUGGCAUAUUGCAAGCAAAGCACCAGCCUUUAGUGACAUCUUCAGUAAUGAGAAUGCAUUUGAGUCCCACUUCGACUCCAUCAACAUUGGUAAAAAAUAAAAAUGGUGUGUGGGGGGAUCUUGCCCAGUGCUUUUUGGGAAGCGUUUCCACUGGAAGGGUGAGCUUGGAGUGGUAGGAAGCAACUUGGAAGUGGGGAAGGGAAGGGGGGAGAGCAAACUCACUUUUGGAUUGAUGGAUAUUUGGUGACCAGUCAUGCCCACCAUGGAUGCCUUUCUGUGAGAAGACCCAAAACAGUCUUUCAAACUUCCCAUAUGUCUACUUGCUUCCUCUUCCCUAAAAAGUGGCUGAGCUUUGUGAACACAGUCUUCUUUCUGUCCACAGUCAGGUGUGGAGAAUAAGGGCACAAUCAUAUGGGUUUGCAGGUUAGGUCCUUGUCAGGCUUCUCUAAGUCCCAUCUCAAGGGUUUCUGCAAGCCAUCUAGAAGUCUACUGGAAAGAAUGCUUUUAAACUUAUUUCAGUGCCUUUUUUGCUGUGGAGUAAGCUAAAAUGAACACGAUCAACCCUGCAUUGGAAAACCUUGCGUAAGUAUGUCACAGUCCAUCCCAAACGGUUUCAGUGAGCUUGGCCACACCACAGGUUUGUAUUUUAAGAACGAUACGCACAGUUUUGCUAGGAGCAAUGCAAACCCAAGGCCUGUUGCUGCCCAGACCUGCAGCAGGGGUUAAGAAUUUGAAGGAAAU